GUCCAGGGGUGACCCACACUUGCAAAUAUUUAUUGCACCUGUGCAUGACUUUCUUUGGAUCAGUUUAUGAGGGCCUCUAAAGGAUAUCAUUUUUUUUUUUAUUCUUCAGCAUUUUCUUUAGAACAUCAUCUGAUCAUAUUACAUUCACUUCCUAUGCCUGAACAUGGAAAAGAAAACUUAAAGAUACUCAAAUUUUAUAUUCCUGAGGUCUGCAAUAUCACCAGUGCCUUACAGCUUUCAUCACUUGGUCCUUUAUUACCAUUUCUCAAAACAUGCUAACAGGCCUUGAAACUAUCAUAAGCAUUCUGAUAUGUGGGCAUAGGUUACCUUUUUGCCAAUUUAGUACAUGAAAAGAAUGAGGGUACAAUAUUCCAGCUGCACAUCCCUGGCUACCAUUUACACUAAAAUUUCACUCAUCCCUGAUGUACAUAUAUAUAAAGAAACCUUUGUACCUCUUGAGUCAAGUCAAUAUUGAAGAAACCCACAGACCUCAACAUUUACCUGAAUAUUAAUUAAAAAGCAUCACUAGCCCUAAGGGUUAUGAAAUCUACAAUAAUUUUCCUGUUCUGCAUAUAUCUAAACUAAAUUCUAAUAUUCAGCAACAGCUAUAAAACAAGAUAUAUUCUUAAAACACAAAUAUCACUGAAAGUCCCCAUAGGCCCAUACUGAUGUUAACAACUUUACAUAAUAAAAUAUGUUAUAUCAACACAAUAUGACUAUUUUGGACCCACCCUUGAGUCAGAACCCUGUGGUUGCUAAAUUCACAAUUCUUGAACAUCCCUUUCUGCUUUUCUUUAAUUACCCUCACAAGUCAAGGUUUUGUGAUUACGUACACUCCACACAAACCCUUGACGAAUGUAGCUAUUUAAAUUUCAGGCUUAGGAGUCCGUAUUUCAUUGGGUCCAAGUAGUACAAUGGAGCCAAUCAAAAUGCGGUUCUCAUUCUAAACACGUGGUAGAUGAUGACAAUGAUGACUGCGAACAAAAGAUGUUAAAUUCUUCAAUUUUUUCAACUUCUUGUCACAUAUGCAAUGAUACCAACUUAAACAAAUAUCGCCGUUUUCUCUCUCUAGACGGUGUGGAUCAUCUAUUUUUGUGCUCAUGCAGUCCAAAAUUUGUUUUGAAAAGAGAACAUUUCAAGAGAACAUGAACAGUUUAUUUUUAGCAUAAUCCGCAUUAUAAAGCUUGAGCCCAAAAUUUUCAUAGCUACAUUCGUCAAGGAUGCUGACCAAGAGCAAUAGCUUACCCGAGUGACAAGGUGAACUAAAAAUCAAAUAUUAUGUACUCUACAAAAACAUCAUUUGUAUACUGUGAGUAUUGAUGCAUUUAUUGGGUGUCCUGGUAGCGCAGAGGUAGUGCUCUAGCUUCUCACCACUGCAACCAGAGUUUGAUCCCCGUGAUCUGCAGUGGUUGUAUGUGAGAGAGUGUGGUGGUCGCCCACUCGGAUACGUGGGUUUCCUCCGGGUAUUCUGGUUUCCACCCACAUAAAUGACCCCCUAGCGCAAACAUCCGUGUAUCAAAGGACCCCAUUGGAAAUAAGCUUUCGAGGGUUAUCCUUGGUAUUUAUGAAUGUAUCUUUGUAUGUAAUGUAUAUAUACCGAAUAAACAUCAUGUAACAAACCAAACCAUCUAUCCUAUCAUUUGCUAUUUUGAUUAAUUUUUGUCAAUAGCCAAAAUAAAUAAAUGAAUAAUAAAUAAUGAAAGAAAAAUGUGAUGUAUGCUUAUGAUUAGAUACAAGGUCAAGAAAUUCUUGACUCUAUAGUAAGUCUUUUAUCAAUCUCAAGUGAAUAAUACAUCUGAUUCAUCUAAACAUCUCCUUUAGAAAAAAUAAUAAAAUAUAGAGACACAAAAACCUUUCUGAAUAUCAGUAACUACAGUCAAAACUGCCAUAGCGACGCACUGUAUUAAGCGACUCACUGUCGUAUGUGACCAUACAAAGUUCCCCCUAAGACGUUACUCUAUAUAUUGUACCUGUAUUAAACGACCACCUGUCUGACGCGACCAACGACCAUGAUUUUUACAACCUUUUCGAGUAUUUUCACGAAAUUUUACCUCUACUUAACGACUAUACAUUUUUCGAUUACAACGUGAUUACUUCUUUCGAUUUCGGUUGAGCCGACUAUUCUGGGAAUUAUCGCCCCUAACACUUUCGUUUUCAAACGCACAACUAUUCUGGGAAUUAUCGCCCCUAACACUUUCAUUUUAAUACGCACAGUUUGGCGAUGAUCUUGAUUAGUCGGCCCUCUGAAUAAAUUAUUAUACCUAAGCUGUCAACAUGCAGUGUCGUGUGUGGUUAAUUAAUAAAACCCGAGUUGUUGUUUAUUUAACAAAAUCAAGGAUCAGGGAAUCAAGGACGGUGUAUUCGAAGGUGUGAAUUCCGACAAACUUUAAGAAGUGCCGGGUAGGUUAGAUCGGAAAUGAAAAUCUACCACUUGUUAUACCAUUAUGUUCAACAGAGUAAAAAAAUUGCCCGAUUGCAAUAUAAAUCAAUGGGUACUGUGAAACAGAAAUGGAUCUGCUGAGUUACGGGGACUGGCAGUCCAAUCUUAGCUUAUCCGAGAGCAAUAAGUUCAUGCUACAGAACAAAAUUGGAUGUGAUAUAGCUUUUCUUUUGGGAAAGUCGAAGGAAGAAGUACAAGCUCAUAGAUACAUGCUUGCUAGCCGAAGUAGUGUGUUUUUCGCAAUGCUGUUUGGACCUUUUGAUAAAAGUGACAAGGCUAUCGAAAUCCCCGACAUUGAAAAAGACAUUUUUGAACAAAUUUUGAGGUACAUGUACUGUGAAGAAAUAACAAUCAAUGAAGACAAUGUCACACACAUCCUGUAUGCUGCUCGCAAGUAUGGACUCUCUAAAGUCACCUUAAAAUGCAGGUCUUUUCUAGAGAAGAACAUCAGUCCAGAUAACGUAUGUAUCAUUGCGGAAAACGCACACAUCUUUGAUGAAGAUGAACUUUUCAACACGUGCCUAGACUACAUUGUUAAACACGCCUUUGAAUGUAUCAAGUCAGAGUCCUUUACACAGCUAUGCAGAUCCUGUGUGAAAAAGAUAAUUGAAAGAGAUGAUCUCCCAUUGGAUGAAGAUCACAUCCUGGAGUGCAUGUCAAAUUGGGCCAAGAAAGAAUGCAACCAUCGAGGAGUAGAAAGCACUGAAGAGAACCAGAGAGUAGCCCUGGGUGACCUGUUUUACUUAAUUCGGUUCCCUGUCAUGGAUUUAACUUUUUUUGCAGACAAUGUGGCCAAGACCAGCAAUCUCUUGACUGAAAAAGAAAAAAUUGACUUGUACACAUAUAUGGCUGGAACGAAAAAAAAAUUAUCAGACUCCAAAUUUGUGACAAAACACAGGAAACCUUUUCAUAUCACAUGUAUACGUUUAGGGACCAUUGAAAAAGCAAACAAUGAAAACUUCCGAUGGAGAACAGGGGAAAUUGAGAAGCUAGACUUCCGGGUGUCUAAAAAGAUUGAAAUACAAGGUAUUAUAGUGUAUGGAGGGAGAUUGGAAAAGUCAAACUACAAAGUGUCUGCAUGGUUGAGAAGACAUGACACAGAUGAAGUCAUCGCAGACUGCCACACCAAGUUGUCCACAACACCAGAUGGGGUGACCUAUCAGGUCUUUUUUAGAAAGCCAGCCACAGUGCAGGCAAACAAAAGGUACUGUAUCCACCUGCAGAUGAAGGGAGGGAAGACGUACUGGAGUGAGGAGGGGAUAACUCCUGUUACCUGCCAUGAUAUUGUAUUCAAUUUUCUUGACUCCCAAGAAAUUGGUAAUGGCACAGGGGCAAGGCGGGGACAAAUUCCUGGCAUUGUGUUCACAAAAUAUCCAACCAACCAAGAGGGUUAACGAUUGUGUUUUAACAACCUCCAACACAUUUAUUGUUUCAUAAAGUGGAGUGAAAUACAGGUUUCUGUGAUUUAUAAGUAAUAUUCUGCUUUAUCUCAGCCCUGUAUAGAUGAUUUGCACAUUGAACUGAAGCUCUCUCAGAAAUGUCUUAAUUUUUUCUUAGAGAGUUAUACCAUAGACAGUGAAUAUCAAAAUGGCAUCAAACUUUGUAAGAGCAUUUGCUGCUGUUAGAUAUUUACAAACAGGUUACAAAAGAUGCUGUCUGAGGGAAAAUUAAUGGUUAUACCAAAAAAGGAAGAUAAUUUUUCUAAAAUGCAGCUAUGUAUGGGGCAACAUAUAAAACGGUGAAAAUAAACCUAGUAUCAUUUUCAAUCCACAACAGUACAUUGACCUUUUCCAAAUGUGCAAAACAACUAUUGAUAUGAAUUUGUUUUAUGUAUUAUUAAGUAAAUGUUUUACACAAUUGCAUUUGUUAGAUAUGGUAAUGUGAUUUGUUGUUAAUUAUAAUACACAAUACUUAUUGCCCUGCUAAGUAAUAUACAGUAAAAUAUCUAUAUCUCGAAGUCCGAGGGACUUCAAAAAAACUUCGAGAUAUCCAGGAGUUCGAGAUAUCCAAAUUCGAUCUUGAAUAUUUUUUUUAAUGUAAUGAUGAAGCGUGUAUUAUCAAAUGCGUUCUCGUAAUUAUGGGCAUUACUUUUUUUCAAGCGCACUUCGACAAUUUCGUUCGUUUAUCUAAACCACAUGAUAAUGAUAUAGUGUGUAUCAUUCAAAACACCGUCCCUGGAAUCGGACGUAUUAGUUCAUAAUUGGCAGUGGACUUCAUCCGUAAUGUGGGAAGGCCUCACUAAUUACCCAAGCUGUUGAACCAAUUAUUGCGACCUGGGUCUACUCGAAAAAGGCGAGCGUGGAUUAGUAGUGGAUUGGUGAAGCAGCGGGCGUGAAUGUGGGACUUAACGACACCAGGUAUGGUAAGCAGAGUGGAAAAUUGACUGCACUUCGAGAUAAACCAGGUGAAUUUAGGGCAUGGGACCUUGAAAAUACUUCGAAAUAAGCGAGGUAUUCGAGAUUAUCGUGUUUGAAAUAUCCAAAGUUUUUUUUAAUCAUUUAUAUAGGGAACACGGCAGGGACCAGCGGUCGACUUCAACUCAAGAGGGGUAUUCGAGAUAAACCAUAUUCGAGAUACAGAUAUUUUACUGUAAUUGUGUUCUAAUUUAGUCAAAGGAUUCCAUCAUAAUGUCACAAUCCAUAUUAACAUUGGAUUCUUAUAUAUAUAUAUAGGGCUCAUGGUGUGUGUGACCGGUCAUUAGGGGAUGCUUACUCCUCCCUAGGCACCUGAUCCUACCUCUGGUAUAUCCAAGGGUCCUUUCAUUAUUUUAUCUGCUCAUGUAGUUCACUGAACAACUUAGAGAUACAUGUAGUUCUUCCAUGUUCUCUCAAAUAUUUAGAUGGAUACAUAAGUUCAGUACUAAUGUGAUUUAAAACUACAUAAAAGAUCUGUUACUAUAUUGUUUUCAUUUUUCUGAAAUUGAUUUUAAUGUAGAUUUUAACAUCAAAUGGGGCAACCACUUUGAAAAUUCUAAUUGACUGCAAAUAUUCUAUUUUCACAUUUCUUGCCACUGAAAUAGUAUAAAAGUAGAGAAGUAGAAGGUGUACAGUAUUUUAUGGACAUUUAUAUAUGUAGUUCUUUUAUUGACCUGAAAUGCUUUUGUUACUUUGUGACCGUUACUUUAUUUUGAUGUGCCAAAGUCAUACUUCAUAUGUUACUUAAUAAAAGAAGCAACAAAUA